ACUGCUCAUUGGAGAAGGAGUUUUGGUCAAGGAAGAAAAGCAGCUCCAUGCUAAACUGUGAAGGAGCAGCAGUAUCUAAAAUAAAAAAGAAAAGUAAAUCUGAUACUUCAGAAGACGAGGAGAUACAAGCUAUUGGUGGCAAAGAUGCUUCCAUCUUUCUUUUCCAUGCUCUGGGGAAAAUACUUUAUUGCAAAAGAGAACCAGUGUCAGAAUCAGAAUUUCCUCAACUGCCUGCUCACUUAUCAGAAUACCACCGAGACACUUUGCUUAUUCAGCCUGAGGAUAUUGUGGAAAAAUCGCAUAUGUCUGGAAGCAUGUUUAACUUAUACCUUCACCAGAACUAUGUAGACUUUUUUUCUGAUAUAGAUGAUGUAGUGAGAGCCAGUGAAUAUUUGAGCACCGCUGAUGUCAUCUGUAGUAAUUGGAAUAUGCGACUUGUGAUGGAAAAAUACAGUGUGUCUUUAGCUACCCGAGGGGUGAUACAUUCAAACACAUCCAGAGCCUUUGCCCACCACCAAGGAGGGAUGGGGUUCCGGCCUUUACAUAAACCCCAGUGGUUCUUUAUCAAUAAAAAGUAUCAAGAAAACUGCCUUGCUGCAAAAACUCUCUUUUCAGGCUUCUGCUUACCCCCUGAGUGUCUUCAGACAGAGCUAUUGCCUUAUCUUGCUAUGUUAGCAAAUCCAAUGAGAAACCAAGCUCAGAUUGCUUUUAUCCAAGACGUUGGGAGGCUACCACUGAAAAGGCGCUUUGGGAGGUUAAAGCUUGAAACACUUACUGAUAAAGAUCCUGGGAUACCAGACAUAUUUGUUUACUCUGAGGGGGACCCUGCCAAUGUGUGUGCUAUGGAGACAGCUGCACAGAUAGAGGAAAAAGGAGCAAAUGAGAAUGAAUCGGAUGGAUUCCCUCUCUCUUCUAGCCAGUGCAGUGGAAGUGAGCUACCUUGCAGUCAGCCUCAGCCUGUUGCAUCUCAAGCAAUCAUGGAGGAAGAUGAAUUAAAAAUAGAGGAAUAUGAUAGUGACUGA